UAAUCUAGAGAAGUACUGCAAUUUGCAAGAAUCAUUUGAAAAUUUCUGCUAUAAACAAAUAAACAAGGGUACCAACUACCAAAAAAAACAAAAACAAAAAAAUGGCUCGCCAGUUGGUUGUCCUUGCCCUCGUCUUCGUGGCCGUUGUUGGGUUGGCCUCCGCCCAAUCAUCACCUAGCAGUGCCCCGUCGCACUCUCCCUCAAAAUCCCCGGCCCCUUCAUCCGCAGCCAAACAUGCACCAUCAAAGGCCCCCUCAGCAGCCACUCCCAAGGCAUCAUCCCCGGCCCCCAGCUCCAACGCCCCAUCCACCUCCCCAUCUGCCGCACCCGAGGCCAGCACCCCUGAGGCGUCAUCGCCACCUGCCCCACCCAGCGAUGCCCCAUCACCAACCUCUGCCACCCCAACCCAGUCGCCCGCUGAGACACCCGCUGAGACACCCAAGGGCAAUGGAGCCGCCACCUUGAAGGCCUCUGCCGCUCUUGGUGCCGCCGCUGUGGCUGGAUUCUUCUACUUUUAAGCAAGAAAAAGAUUUUCCAAGAAAUGAAGCAGUUUGUUGCUUGAUUAGCGGUUGCCGAUGUUUAAUUUUUCCAAAUUCAUGCAACCGUUUGUUUUUUUUAGAUAGUGCAACAUGAUCGUGAAUUGUGACGUGUCCUCUGCUUUAUAGUUGAGGGAAAAAAAGUCUCAAUAGCCCUUCAACUAUUAGUCGGAUAAACUUUUGAUCCUUCUAUAAUUAAAAGUAAAUUUUUGACCUCA